AUGAAGUAUUGUGUGCGGUCAGCUAUACACAAAUACACCGAAUGCCGCAAUCGACCAAUCAGAAUCAAGUGUUCCAGAGAGUUUUGUUUGUCAUUUGAUGAUGGAUCUCUCCUUCCAACUCCCUCUUCCUCCAGCACUCGUCCUCUCAGUGUCACCUCUCCAAACACUCCCAACUCUGCAAAUGGAACCAGAAGCCCCACCGAUCUUCUCUUUCUGCCCCUCAUCCACCCCCACCCCAAUUUCUCUAAUUCUCGCUCUUCUGACCUGUACACCCUCAUUUUUCCAGACCUCUUCAUGAGCACAGCCCCACUGUUGCCCAGCAGCAUGCCAACAUGGGUGGUGUUCCCUGCCAUCACUCUGAGGGCGGGAUUACCUGUGGCCAAAGAUGACAGCAGCAACACAGCCAUCCUGAUUGGUUGCCUGGUUGGAAUUAUCCUGCUCCUAUUGGCCAUUAUAGCUGUCAUACUGUGGAGGCAGUACUGGAAGAAGCUACUUGGCAAGGCCCAGGGCAGUCUCUCCAGUGACGAUCUACGAGUUCAUCUUUCAGUUCCAUUGGAUAAUGUUGUGAUCAACAAUACAAACACACACACAUACUCCAGCCGCUAUCAGCGCAUACACACUUUUCCAGAUGACAGAGACCGAGAGGGAGAGUACCAGGAGCCCAGCACUGUACUGCAGCCCCGAGAGCAGUGUGACAGCACAGCUUGUGCUAUUGAUAAAGUUGAUAAAGGCCUGCCCAUUCAGGAAGGACCACCUCCUUACCCUGUAGCCCCGCCCCCUGGUCUAUCAGGCGUACAUUAUGGAGAAGCAUCGGGAGGCAGGGGGAGUGUUCCUCAUUAUGCAGAAGCUGACAUCAUCAGUCUGCAAGGCGUUAGUGGUAACAAUACAUAUGCAUUUCCCGCCCUCUCAGCUUCCAUGCCCACAGACUGCCCACCACUGCCAGAGUUGCCACGGGAACGACUUAUAUUCAAAGAAAAGCUUGGAGAAGGCCAAUUCGGAGAGGUUCAUUUGUGUGAGAUUGAAAACCUGCAGGACCUUCCGAACCUGGAGUUCACAUUUAAUGUGAGGAAAGAACGCCCUCUGCUGGUAGCUGUGAAGAUUUUACGGCCAGAUGCUUCUAAAAAUGCCAGGAAUGAUUUUCUGAAGGAGGUGAAGAUCUUAUCUCGCCUGAAGGACACAAACAUCAUCCAACUGCUGGGUGUGUGUGUGAGCAGUGAUCCGUUGUGUAUGGUCACGGAGUACAUGGAGAGUGGAGACCUGAAUCAGUACCUCUCCCAGAGAGUGUUACUGGACAAGACUGGACCUCUACAUAAUACACCAACCAUCAGCUACCCAGCUUUGAUCUCCAUGGCGAGUCAGAUUGCAUCAGGUAUGAAGUUCUUGUCAUCUCUGAACUUUGUGCAUCGAGACCUGGCCACACGAAACUGCCUGGUGGGUGAAGAGCGUCAAAUAAAGAUAGCUGACUUUGGCAUGAGCAGGAACCUCUAUGCUGGCGAUUACUACAGGAUCCAGGGCAGAGCUGUGCUGCCUAUUCGCUGGAUGGCAUGGGAGUGCAUACUCAUGGGGAAGUUCACUGCAGCAAGUGACGUAUGGGCAUUUGGUGUGACGCUGUGGGAGAUUCUCAGUGUGUGUCAGGAGCAGCCGUACAGUCACAUGACCGAUGAACAGGUCAUUGACAAUGCAGGAGAGUUCUUCAGAGACCAGGGCAGACAGGAUUUACAUCUUGGUUAUGGGUGAUGUUAACAACAGUGGAUCUCAAAGGGCUCCUGGUCUGGAUGAUGGAGGAAGAGGCCCUCCAAAUAAUUUUGCUGAGGAGUUUUGUAGUCAGAGUGCUGAUACAGUGUCCUGAUGAUAUCUGAUAUCUGGAGUCUGUCUGCAGAUCAACACUAGCCUGAUUCACCCACAACAGCUGAAUUCCCUCAGUAUGGACAUCACACAAAUCAUAUGA